GAUGUCAAACUCACGUCAUCAGAAAAGUGUGACAACAGCACCAUCUAGUGUUCACACGGGGACAUUACACCUGAGAACAAUGUUGGAAAAAAGUUAAAAAUAUGAAACUUCUGACCCCAAAAGGUAAUUGAAACGUCAUAAUAAAGUUGUUGAAAUUAACAUAUCGUUUUAAAUAUGAAAGUGUGUUAGAAACCAAAUCUGUAAAAGCGCACGUAGCGCGGGAAAACUAGGGGAAAAUGACCAGAAUGGAUGAUCGAGGAGGACUAAAAAAAACAAAACAAACGAUGUGAUCUUCAUCUCUUCCAGAUUCCUGAAAUGAGGAAGUGAACCCACCUUACCUCGGGACUGCAGAGGUGAGGGCGUGGCCACCUGCCACCUUCUGCUCGACUGAAAGCGCGUGAAAGACGUUCCUGUUAGUUUUUCCAGAAGGAAUUCCGGACGUUCCUCGGCCUCUAAUUCCCGCUGGAAUUCAUCCAGAAACAGAAUGCGACCCUGGUGACCCCGACCCGCCCCUGACCAUGUAUGAGGUGAUGUCCGGAGACACCCUGUCCUGGAAGGUCCCCAGUCCAAAGCAGAGCAACACAGACUCCGCCCCUGAAGCCCAGUUCUCUGGAGACGGAGGUCCCACCAAAAUCCUCAAAGUGUGCUUCUGCACCAACAACAACCUGGGGAAGAACUUCACGUUGGUCAAAUGCGACAAUGCCUGGCAGGUUAAGGUCAUCAUCCGCACCAUCCUGGUGAGCGGGCGGCUGGGCCCGGACGUGGCUCUGACCGGCUGCUACGGCCUGAUGCUGAAGCACCUGAAGUCGGAGGAGCUGCACUGGCUCCACCCGGACCUGACGGUCGGGGAGGUGGAGAAGCGCUACGAAAGCCACCACGUGGAGGCCGAGUGGAGGUACGACCUGCGCAUCAGGUACAUCCCGGUGAACUUCCUGGAAAAGUUCAGGGAAGACCGCUCCACCUUCCUGUUCUUCUACCAGCAGGUGCGCAGCGACUACAUGCAGCACUACGCCACAAAGGUGAGCGACGGGAUGGCGCUGCAGCUGGGCUGCAUGGAGAUCAGGAGGUUCUACAAAGACAUGAACGCCAAAGGGCUGGAAAAGAAAUCCAACUUUGAGCUGCUGGAGAAAGACGUGGGACUGGACCUUUUCUUCCCCCCAAAUCUCCUGAACAGCAUGAAGACGAAGCAGCUUCGGAAGUUGAUCCAGCAAACCUUCCAGCAGUACGCCGGCCUCCGCGAGGACGACUGCAUGAUCAAGUUCUUCGAGACCCUCAAGGAUUUCGUGAACUACACGGAAGAGGCGUUCCCCUGCGAGCUCAUCCAAGGGUGGCGUCUUUCUGUGGAGCUGGUCAUCGGUGGGAGCGGCAUCCGGCAGCGCACGCAGAAGGACGCGGCGGCCGUCUUUCUAGCCGACUUCAAGCAGAUCCGGAGGAUCCAGUGUUUACCUCAGAGCGACGGCAAGGCGCACGUCAACAUCAACAUCGAGAACGCCAACCAACCUCUGUCCAUCAGCGUGGCCGCCGUGUCCGUGGCAGAAAACAUGAUGGAUCUGAUCGACGGGUACUGCCGUCUGGAGCGAGGGAACGAAGACAGUCUGAUCCACAGAGGAAACAAAGACGCUAAGAACACCAGGAGUACGUUACCGGACAUCCCGACUGACAGACCCAGCAGCUCCGUCAGGAACAGUAUGGGCUCCGACAUCUACUGCGAGAUUCUGGACGAGAGGCCAAAAUCAGUGGUGAAGUUUGGCGUCCACCGAGACGACAUCGUCCUGGGACGGAUCCUGGGGGAGGGGUUCUUUGGGGAAGUCUACGCAGGAGUCUACAAGAAGGACAACGGCCAAAGGGUCAACGUGGCGGUCAAGACCUGCAAGGACUGCUCCCCGGAUGUGAUGGAGAAGUUCAUGAGUGAAGCAGUGAUCAUGAAGAACCUGGAUCAUCCUCACAUCGUCAAGCUCAUCGGGAUCAUCGAGGAGGAUCCGGUCUGGAUCAUCAUGGAGCUGUAUGAAUACGGAGAGCUGGGAAACUACCUGAACCAGAACCAGAACCGACUGACUAACAUCACCCUGGUGCUGUUCAGCCUGCAGAUCUGCAAGGCCCUGGUGUACCUGGGAGGGGUCAACGUGGUGCACAGGGACAUCGCGGUGAGGAACGUGUUGGUCGCCAGUCCGGACUGCGUGAAGCUCGGAGACUUCGGUCUGUCCAGAUACAUCGAGGAUGAGGAGUACUACAAAGCCUCCAUUUCUCGGUUACCCAUCAAGUGGAUGGCGCCGGAAUCCAUCAACUUCAGACGUUUCACUCAAGCCAGCGACGUGUGGAUGUUCGCCGUGUGCGUGUGGGAGAUCAUGAGCGGCGGCCAGCAGCCGUUUUUCUGGCUGGAGAACCGAGACGUGAUCAACCAGCUGGAGCAGGGCAUCAGACUCCCCAAACCCGACAACUGCCCCCCGGCCCUGUACUCCCUCAUGACCCGCUGCUGGUCCUACGACCCCCGAGAGAGACCCAGCUUCACGGAGCUGGUGGUCAAGAUCAGUGACGUCCACAAGAUGGAGAAGGAACAAGAGGCGGAGAAGGAGAGAGACCGAGCGCGAGCCACCAAAAUAUUUGAGCCCAAGUUCAUCAUCACAGAGCCUCCUCCAAAGCCUUCCAGAAUGCAGCAGAACCGCUUCAGAAACACGGUCGGCAUCGGCCUGCACAUUCAGCUGAACGAGGCUCUGUGUGCCAGCUCGCCCGACCUGGCCAGCCCGCCUGAGUAUCAGUCCCCCGUGGACUCCAGGAGCAGCCUCGCCGUCCCGGUCAUGUCUCCUCGCCGCCGCAGCAUGGGCGAGGGCGAGUUUCCCAGGCUGAACCUGAACAGCCGGGAGGACGCACAGCGGCUGUGGAGCGCCGAGCGGGAGAGCAUGCAGGAGACCCUGCGGCGGCAGAAGGAGGAGAUGAUGGAGGAUAAGAAGUGGCUGGAGAAGGAGGAGAAGCUCCUGGACCCCAAAGGCCCUGAGGCUCCGCCCACACAGCAGGCUCCUGAAGCAGACGCAGAGAACGGUCCACCUGAGAAGCCCCCCCGGCUCAAGGUGCAGGCCGCUCCCACAGCCGAGCUGGACCGCUCCGAGGACAAGGUGUACCAGUCCGUCAUGGAUCUGGUCAAAGUGGUGGUCCAGCUGAAGAACGACGUUCCUGAUCUGCAGCCAGAACAAUACAUCACCAUCGUCAAGUCUGUCGGGAUGGUCUUAAGAGAUCUGCUUCAGAACGUGGACGAGAUUCUGCCCACCUUACACGAGUCUGUACGGACAGAGAUUGAAGGAACGCAGAAGCGGCUGAACCACGACAUGGCCGAGCUGAUCAGUAAGAUGCGGCUGGCCCAGCAGAACGCCAUCACCACUCUGAAGGAGGACUGUAAGAAGCAGAUGCUGGCGGCCGCGCACACGCUGGCGGUGGACAGCAAGAACAUGCUGGACGCCGUGGACCAGGCCAGGGUCAGGGCCAACCUGGCCAAGCCCGCCACCGACGACUGACACUCAUAGUCCUCCUUUUGUUUUCGUGUGUUUUGCACAAAGUGAAACUUUUCAGUUUAAAUGUGACCGACUCUACGGAACCAGAACGGCUGCUAUCUCAUCAGAGUUUAAAGACAAGAACUGUUUUCUGGAGAUCACAGUAUAAAGUUAAAGCUAAAUUUUCUGGAAAAAAAACUAAGUAAAUCUCGGGAAACUCACUGAUUGACCAACUUGUGAUUGAAUACUUUAAUUGUGGUUUAACUCAGUUUGUGGAUCAGAAACAACUUUUAAAUCAUUCUUCAUUGUUAGAGAUGAAGAUGAGCCUCAGUCAGUGAUCUCCAAUCGACAGUUAUUUUCCUUUUUCUUGUGAAAAUGUCGUUUUAAUCCAACAUCUCGAGAAAACAGUUGUUUUUAUUUAAUAAUAUCGAGCUUUAAAGUAUUUGUUGAACGUCAGCAGAUUCGCCGCCGUCGUCUUCCUCAAGAGUCUCUGCUGGUUCGUAUUUUAUUCACAACAAAGCCUCACUUGUUAGAAACUGUUUUUAUCUGCACAGAAACAUGUAAAUAUGUAAUUUUUGAUCAGUAUAAUCACCCUAAAUGUCAUAAAAGAUGCAAAACAUCAAAGGAGCAGAAGCUUCAAGAAAGACUGACAUGUUUUCUCAAACAUUUCAUUUAGUGGUUGGACACUAAAAAACACUAAAAUGUGGAAAUAAAUGAUCCAGAAACUCUUCAGGA